GGCCCGCUCGCUCCAAAUAAAAGGAAGAGAAAGGAUCAACGCCCAACCUCUUCUUCUCCAAAGACCUACACCCAACGGCCACUUCACAACUCGGUUUCUUGCCACCACUUAUCUUUCAUCAUGCACGCACCCGAAGUGACCGACUUUGUCAAGCUCAAGGCCGCUCAGGUCGAGGCCAUUGGUGACGAGAUUGAUCAUGUUAAUCAGAUCAAAUACGACGAGGCGAGCAAAUUUGAUGCAGAGAAGGACAAGGACAACUUUAGACGUUAUGAGGAUGCCUGUGACCGUGUCAAGGGUUUCUACAAGGAACAACACACCAAGCAGACACUCAAUUACAACCUCGCCAUCCGUGAAAAGUACGCCAAGAAUGUCAACGCACGUAUGACCGUCUGGGAGGCCAUGGAAAUGCUCAACACGCUCAUCGACGAGUCUGACCCCGAUACCUCUGUUGGACAGAUCGAGCAUCUGCUCCAAACAGCCGAGGCCAUUCGACGUGAUGGCAAGCCCGAGUGGAUGCAAGUUGUCGGUCUCGUUCACGAUCUCGGCAAAUUGUUGUGCUUCUUCGGUGCCGAUGGUCAGUGGGACGUCGUUGGUGAUACAUUCGUCGUCGGAUGCGAGUUUUCCGACAAGAUCAUUUACGGCAAAGACUCUUUCGUCGACAACCCAGAUAUCCACGAUGAGAAGUUGAUGACCGAGUGCGGAAUCUACGAACGCGGUUGCGGUCUUGACAAUGUCUUGUUGUCCUACGGUCACGACGAGUACCUGUACGAUGUCAUGAGGAGACAAUCCAAAUUGCCUAAGGAAGGACUUAGCAUGAUCCGAUAUCAUUCCUUCUAUCCUUGGCACAAGGAGAAUGCCUACCAACACCUUAUGUGUGAGGAUGACAAGGCUCAGCUCGCCGCCGUCAGAGCAUUCAAUCCUUAUGACCUCUACUCGAAAUCCGACGAACCUCCCAAGGUUUCCGAACUGAAACCCUACUAUCAGGGCCUGAUCGACAAAUGGAUUCCGGGAGAGAUCGUCUGGUAGAGAAAACGAGAGCGUUAGAGACACUGUAGCAUUACAUCAUGGACGAUUCAUAUUUGGCAUUAGAGACUGCAUGCAUUGACAACGGAGAG